ACAUGACUGUCAGCUGACCAUACGUAGUAGGUAGAGCGGCUAAGCAAAAUAGAGAACUUUUUCGUGUCAUUUUCUGGCCUUAUUAUUACUUUUUCCACUUUAUUGUUCAUUGUCAGUUUAGUCACCUCUAAAUUUCAAACUGGACACCCGGAAGCUGGAAACAGUUCAACCAGGAUAUAGAGUCUUGUGGGUCAGAUGGACUCCUCCUCCUCCUCCUCCUCCUUUUCCUCACCUUCCGUGGUCCUGAAUACAGGACUCCAGAUGCCCCUCCUGGGUUUGGGGACCUACAAGUUGUGGGGCUCUGAACAAGUGUAUCAGGCAGUGGAUGCUGCUCUGGCUGCUGGAUACCGGGCGUUUGACAGUGCAGCCGUCUACCGAAAUGAAGCUGAAUUGGGCAGAGCCCUGCAGGAGCUUCUGCCUAAAUAUGGUUUAACCAGGGAGGAUGUAUUCAUAACCAGUAAGCUGGGCCCUAAGGAUCAGGGUGAGAGGGCAAUGGAAGGUGCCCUCCAUAGUCUGUCUCAGCUUGACUUAGGUUACAUUGAUCUCUACCUGAUCCACUGGCCUGGUACACAAGGACUGCCAGUGGCUGACCAGCGCAACCCAGGGAACCGUGCUCAGAGUUGGGCCAGACUGGAGGAGCUGCAUGGCCAGGGGAAGCUGAGGGCCAUAGGAGUGUCCAACUACACGCCAGCGCACAUGAAAGAACUAAUGCAGAGCUGCAGAAUCCCACCUGCAGUCCUACAGGUAGAGUUUCACCCGCAGCUGUACCAGGCAGAUCUGAGGAGUGUAUGUGAGGAGUAUGGAGUGUGCUUCCAGGCAUACUCCUCUUUAGGAAAAGGAGAACUGGUCACAGACCCUGUGGUUGUGGAGGUGGCAAAGAACUACAAACGAACACCUGCACAGGUUCUGUUGAGGUGGGCGGUCCAGCAGGGCGUCCCAGUGCUCCCCAAAUCAUCAAAUCCAGACAGAAUACAGGAGAAUGCAAAAAUCUUUGACUUCACACUUAGUGACACAGACAUGAACCGACUUUCAGCUUUGGAUUGUCAGCACAAAUACUGCUGGGAUCCAUCAGAAGUGGCCUGAAGCCAAGAUGCCUUCAGUUUCUGCAGUGGUGCAUGUUAUCAAACUAAGACCUUAAAUUGUAGUUUGAGAAACACACAUUAAGUUGUCAUUUUUUAUUCUUAUGCCUUUAAACACACCAAGAGCUUUCCCUUUCAACCCCCUUUUACUAUUUUCCUGUAAUAAAUGUGAACAUGUACCCUAACUUCAUAUUCUUUAGAAUUGUAAACAUCACACCGUUUUUAUUACUUUUGCGUUUUCACGCUUUUGUUUAAAGGUUUGCAGUGAACAAGCUUUAUCUUCAAACAUUAAAAACAGCAUGCUGGAGAGAUCUGAAGUGAAAGAGAACAAAGGAACUCUAUUUAAAAUCACUCUUAAAAUCAUUUAUUUAGGACAGUGUAUAUCAGAAGUUCCACAGCAGUAGAGAAAAUACAUUUACAAAAGUAAUUAAAAACUGAAGAAGAAUCCAAUAACAAAUAAAAAGAAAAUAUUAAAUAUUUUCCUCAUACUCAUCUCCAGAUUCAAGUAAUACUAAGGAUGGUUACACAACGUCCUUCAGAUUGUUUUUCUUCUCAUUUAUGACUAAAGAUGAGUAUAAACUUUGUGCUUUUUCUUCGAGCGUUAAUAUGUGACAGCGAGCAAUAAAGAUUAAGGCGCUGAUUCGGUAAUCAUCCAAGGCUGGCAAUGUAAUGUCAUAUCACAGGUUACAGAAUAUUCAAGGCAUUUCAUUAGUUUAUAAUCUCAAAUUCCAACUCAGCUUUGUCCAGGAGUAGAAUUUAUAAUCUGACCCCGUGCUUUCAAUACCAUGCAGAUAUUCUCCACCAGCUGAUACCUUUGUCUUACUUGUACUAAAAGUAAACAUCUAUUAGUGACAACGAAUAAUACUAUUUCAUACUUAAGCAAUCUGAUAAAAGUAUUACUCCUUUUAAACAGUUAGAGGGUGAUUUACACAUUUAAAACAAGGGAAGUGGUUGA